GUAUUCAUCGUCAUCACCAUUCGGCGUUUUACAUUCGUUCGGUGUUGAUGGUGUUACGUGUAAUGUACUCUCCGAAAGAGAAGACUGGUGCGAAAUUUUAAGCAACUACAAUUUAACUUCAUACUUCACGACUCUUAACGCCAUCGGUUUGAAAACAAAAACGAUCACAAGCUCAUAGUUGAAAGUGAAUCAAGCCAUAGGAAGGGAACUCUUCAUUUAGCUCUCUCGCGAUCAUAAUGGCACACAGUCCGAAGAAGGAGCUCUCUGAGGAAGCUGAGGCAGCAAUAAACGUAUUGCGAGCUUUGGUGUCUUCGAAAAAGGGACCAUCUACAGUUUACAGUAUUCUGAGAGACUAUCGCGAAUUGGAGGGUGGACCACUGUUGUACAAAAAGUUUGGUUAUCCUAAUCCGGAAAAGUUUCUGGAAGCUUCAGGAGAGUUUUCACUUAGUACCCAAAUGGGCGAGACAGUAAUGUAUGCGAAACCUAACAAGGAAUCUGUACAUAUACUGAAAAUGGUCGCCGCUCAGAGGAAUACGAAAACGAAAAAGUCUGGAUUUUCGAUAUUACGCCAACCACAGAAAAGAAUCGGUGGAAAUAACUGGAAUCCAAGCGCCUACAAUAAAAUGUACUCUCAGAUGCCACAAACGAAUAGAUUUUCUCCCAAAAAGUACACUCCACAAGCACAAAAUCAACAUCAGCAACGUUAUAAUAGUCCGAAUAAUCAGCCCAAGCCGUUUUUUCAAGCUAUGUCGAAUGGUCCAAGGUGGCAAAACACCAAUCGUACUAGUAGUAGCACUCCCAACAAUAGUCCGCUAAAACCGUUGAUGUCACUCAGGAUUUCUCCACCGCUUCAACAGCAUACACAGUCUAACAAUCAAUAUAUGCAGAACAAUCAGCGCUACAAUCGGACUGAAACAAACAACAAUAACUCAACGGUGAAGAAUCUCAAUAGAUCGACUCAAAGCCCGGUAAAAACUGGACAGCAACCGUUGGCCUCAAAUGACCUACGUCAUAAGCUGAGUGAUAAACAAUCGGUUCAGUUAAAACAACCAUCCUCAUUGGAGUUAAAAAAUCAGCUAAACAACCAGCAACCGCAAACCACUCGAGUCGUGGAACAACGUAACAAUGCCAUUCAAAAAAUGGUUUGUGAUGCGGUCACUAAUAAUUAUGCUCAACCAGCGAUUUCCGCUUCAGUCAUUCCUCAACCAGUAUUACAAUCAACUAGGAGCGUAAAUUCAAGAUUACAGAUAACGAAAGAAGUUAUCCCUGUUCCAGCUAAGGAAACAAUAAAAUCAUCACAGGUACAAUUCGAUACAAACGAGGUAUUCUCACCGAGGCAUGAAUUGAGCAGUCCAUCACAAUCAGUUAUUUAUCCAGUAAUUCUCACACCGCCUACGACCCCUGUAGUACAGUUGCCGAUUCUGCCCUUCCGGAAGUCGCUUCAGGAUCGGCUUAAAAUUAACCAGCAGGUCGAUGUUUCUGAUUUGGAGAAAGUAUCCAAAGUAAUAACACCACAAAGUCCACCUCCGAAAGCAGCAGAUUUUGAUUCUAAGCUCCCGCUGCUCCCUUCGAAUCCGUCGGCAGGUAAUCGUCCAAGAGAAGCAUUUUCAUGGAAUCAGCCACAUGCAACACCGGCUGAGAUGUUGGUCUCGUAUGCGGAACACAACGGAUUAGAGCGUCCCAUCUACAAUUACUUAAAAUUGAAGAACAAACGUGUACAAUGUCGUGUUACGGUGAACAAAUCGACAUACUCUACAUAUCCCGAUGAUUUUAUGAACGAAUUCGAAGGUCAAUUUGCCGCGGCACAGAUCGCUAUCGAGAACCUUAAGCGAGAGGAAGAGCGAAACAACUUUUCCGUCUGUCUCGAGUCGGACUUUGAGAUCGCUACUAAAAUAUUCGAUCUGUUGGUUAACUGCCCACAUGGUAUGUUCAGGAAGAACAUUCCCGAUGCUUUCCGAAAUGCGCAUCACGCCUUGCUACCGGAUAAUUGGGAGUUGAUCAUACUUGAGAAUGCGCGAAUGUUUUCGAAAGAAGAAGCUCAGGGUAAUACCAUAGUUUUCGCGAAUGUUCGGGAGGGAACCGGAUCCGGCGGAUCAACACCUUCAAUCACGUCUGAGGCUAAAUGUAUGUCAGCUAACGUGUUACCGUUACCGUGGAAGGAACAGUAUUGGAAUCUGUACAUCACUAAUCCCGUUUCCACGGUAGAGAUUUGGGCGCGUUUGGUCGGUCCCCAAUACAGUGAUCAAAUGGAUAUACAAACCACUGAUAUCGAACUUUCCAUGAUGGGUGAGAUGAAACCUAAACCAAAGACGAUUGCCGUUGGUGAGUACUACUUGGUUUCGAUAACCGAUUGUUGGUACCGCGUCAGAGUAGAAGAGAUUGACUUCGAAAACAACAACUGUUCCUGCUUCUUCAUUGAUAUUGGGGAAUGGGAACGUGUUUCGCUGGAUGAGAUCUAUGUGUGCGAUGCAAAGUAUCUUGAGCUUCCUGGACAAUCAGUUUGUUUCACGCUGGACGGUUUGGAGGAUUUUGGUGAGAAUCCGAAGGCGAAACCACAUCUUAACGAUUUGUUAAACGGCAAAGUGUGCAUCAGUGAGAUUCUAACAUCUGAAGAGGAGCACGAGAAGGACAGCAAAAACAAUUUGAACGAGGCUCGCAUUCGAAUGAUUUUGUACGAUACAUCGUUCGAUGAGGAUAUCAAUUUGAAUUCGAUGCUUCUGAAGCACAUUUGUGAUGAUACUCCAGCACCGGAGCUGGAUCGAAAGUGUGUCACAACUGUAAGCAUUACCCAUGUAGAUGAAAUUGGGAAUGUUUACUGUUACGUUAAAGAUUUAGCAAUGGUUUACAUUCAGAAACUAAUCAAUAGUUUAGUUCAAUCUGAUGCAUUGGAGGGCAAGCACCGUGGUCUCUAUAAAUCUCGAUCAGCUGCUGAUCAACGGCUAUAUUUGGUGCAGGACGAAAGUGAUAACAAAUGGUACCGAGCAUCACUGAUUGCUGAAGAAUCCGGUCCGUUCUGUAGAGUGCUACUUGUUGAUGUGGGUGUAAGAAAACUGGUUAAUAUUUCCAAUAUUUACCGUUUGGAAACAUUGAGCGUUGCACUUAGCCGUUAUCCGCCCCAAAACAUCCGUAUGAAAAUGUUUGAUCUCCCAGAAAUCAACGAUUAUAUAUUGGGACGUCUAAGAGCGCUACUUACACCCGGACAAACAGCAAUGGUUAAAGUCGCUGCAUGUUCCACAAUUCCGCUAGUGAAAAUCUAUAUGCAUCUGGAUCAGAACAAUAUCCUGGUUUGCGUGAAUAACAGCAUUCGAUCGGAGAUGGAACUGGAGAUUGAUUCGGAAGUUAUAAGUGAUCCAAGGAUUACUUACAACGAAAGCAGUAGUUCAUCAACAACUAGUUCUGCUAAAAUCAACACAAGCUAUACUUCGGACUAUUCUAUGCACAGUCUGGAAGCAGCUGAUUUGUCGAAACAUUUUAGUGGACUGAAGAUAGGAAAUCGCAAGCUUGGUAGCCCUAUCCCGUCAAUGGUUGCACCUAAGUUAGCCAAGUUUCAACUGCCUGCUGUUGGUGAUCUUUUUGAAGUGCAAGUGACGAUUGCAUCCAACCCAAAGUUUUUCUUUGUGCAGCCGUAUGCCCACGCUAUCCAUCUGAAUCGAAUGAUGGUCGAUUUGCAGAAGUAUUGUAUGUCAAAGGCUCAGGUUGUUUCUAAGGAUAGCGUUCAGCAGGGAGAAGUUUAUGCCGCUCUGAAUAGUGACGAUGGGUAUUGGUACAGAGCUAUUGUGGUCAAUAUUCUGUGCGGCCCAACGAUAAUCCACGUAUAUUUUUGCGAUUUUGGUCAAAUCAAAAUAAUGGAUAGCGAUUCACUGCGAAUUCUUCCCCAACAGCUACGCGUCUUGCCGCAACAGGCAGUGAAAGCCAAAUUGCAUGGAGUUCAACCUUUACAUGGUGACUGGACCGCGGAGGAUGCUGUUCGUUUCCAGCAAUUGACGGAAAACAAGAAGUUCGCCAGUUACAUUCGCAGUGUUCAAGCUGACGAAUUCAAUCAACACGAUGACAUUGUUGAGCUGGAGCUAAUUGAUGUUUCGACUGAGGAGGACAUUCUAAUACAUCAGAUUUUUGUGGACGAGAAGAGAGCCGUGCUGACUGGUGGUAAGUAGAAUCAUGCAAAGCAUUGGGAAGGACGAUAUCGGAAAUCGUCUACAAAGGACUACCAGCUUACUGCAUUACGUUUGAGCUAGCUUGGGAAAUUUUCGUGUCUAUCGAAAAAGAGCACACUCAAUAACAAUCAUACGAUACCUUGAGAAUCGUAGACUCCACGUUCGCGUAUCACGCCAUGGAGGAUAAUAAGAGAGAAAUGAAGUUGCCUUAAUAAUUAUCUGAUAGAGAAGCUAUUUAUCAAUGGUGGCUAUUUUUGAGAUUUUUGACAAUACUUUUUAUACUUUGAGGAACUGUUUAUCGAAUGUCGAAAUCAAACCAUAGUUAUAAUGUAAUAUUUAUAUACGCGUAAUAUCGAUAUGACGCAAGAAAUCCAUUCCACUAGACAAUAACGAACAAAAUACGAACGAGUUUAAUACAACCAGAAGAGAAAAUAUCCGAAAAAUGUCACUAUCGUCAAUUGCCAAACUUUCAGAAAAAAAUAGUGAUAAUUUUGUACCUAGCGAGUAAUAAAAUGCGGAAACAGAAUGUGAUUAACCAAUGAUAAUAAAAAAAAAGUUAUUGUUUUGUAGGAUUAGUAAUCUUUAUGGGAAUAGAAAGCAGUUCUUCCAGGAGUUGGUGACGCAAAAUAUAACUAAAUUUGCUUGGCUUUCAAUAACCAUAUCCUCCAACUAUCCAUAUCUUUAUUGUUUAUCGAUGUUUAUUAACGAUAUAUUUGAUAUAGACAGAGAAGAUGGUCAUUUGAUGUUCUCAAUACUCUACCCGUAUGUUUUGUGUUUGCGUCUCAACGUAAAACCCCAAUCACCUAAUGGUAUGGUAUGGUAUUACCCAUAUACUACAUAUUUAAUAAACUGUUCAUCCUACACGUGAUACUAUUCAAUAUACACUAUUAUGCAAUUUAGCGCUAGAUGGAAUAUUUAUUCGUUUUUUGAAAAAUAUAGCUAUUUUUACGCAGGUUGUUGAAGUACGUACUAUAAUAUACAGAAUCUGUUAAUGACGCCUCAAAGGGUCUGUUUGAUGAAUGUUGAUGUGAUUGCAAUAAUAUGAACGAGAUAUUUAAACAAUGUUAUAUUUUAUUUUUACGAUAUAUAUUUAUUGCGAAAGUUAUGAAGAAGAUGAGAAAGGCUUCAGCGAGUUAACAGAAUAAUAAACGAUCGAAAAGUUUUCUACGA